GUCUCAAGUUCUUUUACUUCUCUCCUUCCAAAGUCCAUUACGAGGACCCAGUUUACAGAAAUGGAAGCUUUUCCAUCUCAGUUUCUCUUUGAAACCUGAAAAAGUUCUCCUUCCAUGUUUCAGAUUCUCAGAGCUCUUUUAUCUGAUCUCUGCAUUAGUUUAUCUUAGGUUUGCCAGUGAUUCAUUUCAGUGGCAAGGGAUCAGAUCCUUUGCCCUUGAUCUGCAUUUAUAGAAUUCUGAAAUGAUAGAGAAGUUUAGAAACUGAUCAUAAGCGAAAAUGGGACUCAGCCUCAAACUCAAAAUUGUCAUUGGCCUGGUCCCUGCAACUCUUUUGAUUAUCGGAAUCAUAGUCAUCGUCUACAUCGUUUGUAGGAGAAGGGCGAGAAGUGAGCUUCUUCCACAGAGGAAAAGCUCUGGGAGGAAAGAAGAAGAUGAAGUGGAAACAGAGGAUUUGUACAGUUUCCCAGGUGGUGAGGAUUUCACAAUCCAUGACAUCUUAGAUGCUCCGGGAGAAGUUGUGGGCAAAUCGAGCUACGGAACACUGUAUAAGGCCACUAUGGAAAGGGUUAAUUCGGUUGUUCUGCUUAGGUUUCUGAGGCCAACUUGUACGGGAAGGGUGAAAGAGAUUCAUCCUGUGAUUAAGAUGCUGGGUUUCGUCAGGCAUCCCAAUUUGGUUCCUCUUCAAGCUUUUUACGCAGGGCCGAGAGGAGAGAAGCUUUUUGUCCAUCCCUUUCUUAGCCAUGGCAAUCUAGCUCAGUUCAUUAGAGAUGGAAAUGGUGAAUUACACAAAUGGGCUGUCAUUUAUAGGAUCUCGCUUGGCAUUGUCAAAGGACUGGAUCAUCUACAUUAUGGAUUACAGCUUCCCAUUAUCCAUGGAAAUCUCAAGUCAAAGAAUAUCUUGCUGGAUGAGAUUCAUCAGCCUUAUGUCUCAGAUUUUGGCCUGCACCUCCUUUUAAAUUCAUCGGCUGGCCAAGAGGUGCUCGAUGUUUCUGCAGUUCAGGGGUACAAAGCCCCCGAAGUCAUGAAGAUGAAGGAAACAAGCAAAGAAAGUGAUAUAUACAGCCUAGGGGUCGUUUUACUUGAAAUAAUUACAGGGAAGGAGGCUGUUGAUGGGAAUGAAUCUCCUAGUCCAGAUCUGUAUCUGCCAAACUCCAUGAGAAAUGCAAUCCUUGAACAUAGAAUAUCAGAUAUGUUUAACCCCAAUUUACUUGUUAACAGAAGCAAUGAUCAAAACCCAAUUACUGAAGAACACCUGCUCAUGUUCUUUCAGUUGGCUAUGGCUUGUUGUUCUCCUUCCCCUGCUUUGAGACCAGAUAUCAAGCAGGUCCUCAGAAAGCUUGAAGAACUUGGGAACUGAGAAACUUGGAUUUAGUUGACUAUUUUCAGGAUUUUAUGUUGAUGGUGAUCAUGAUGCAGAUGGUUAGAGAUGGAUACAAGUAUCUCCAUGAUCUAAUAUUUACAGGGUGGAUGGCCCCUUUGCUGACAGUAAUUGUUAUGCCAAAAUGCCUUUUUUGUGGGUGAGGAACCAGGAGAGGGUGCUCGAUUGAAUUGGUGAUUGGAUGUGUUGAGUUCCAGAUUUUGGUUACUGCCAAGCAAUCAGAUUUGCAGGUUGUAGAUUCAGUAAUGACACAGGUUGGGUGUUCUCGAUGAAUUAACCAACACAGAUAACUUUACAGUGAGGAAGAACACAUCAGGAGCUCCCAAAAGAAAAAUCUUGAAAUGGUUUGUUUGGUUACUCAAGAAACUUAACCGUGAAUUGGGAGUUUACACAAGUUAGUUGGAGACCGAAGGCAUACAAAUGAGUUUUCCAGGUAAACUAACGGGGAAAGAAAGAUCCUGCAGUUCUGAAAAUUUUGUGCCACUGAUAUCAAGCAACUCAUGAUUGAAGAGCUAGAGAACCCAUUACUGCUUCAUUUGUUUAAUCUGUUUCAUUGUUCACUACAUUGGCCUCUGUGUGGAUUCACUUCGCAGGGAAGAACAAGAGUCAGAGACAUGGACUGUAAGAGCUAUUCAGUAAACACAUGAGCAUUUGCAGUAAGCUAAUUAAUGAUCACUCUUUCAUGGAACCCAACAGGUGGUUUGUUCUGUCUCUGCUACUACUCACUCUUGGAGUCCUUAGCAGUUGGAAGGUAGUGCUGCUGGACAAGAAGAGUAAGAAGACUAUUUCUUCACCAAAAAUAAAAUAGAGAAAUAUAAGCAUAGAUAAAUAAAAUUUCUUUGUCAGUAAAGCGCCUAGUGUAUCAUGUGGCUGUAAAUAGAAUCCAAACAAAUACUUGUUUUUUUUCCCUUCAUUUGUCAUGGCCAUUAAAAUACCUCAACCUUUCUUA